AUUGAAUACCCCAGUCCUGCUGCACCUGGCUAUGGACAAAGUACUGAGACGCAGAGUCUAAUUGAUCAACAAUUUGCGGAGAUAAAUAAACAAUUUAAUGAGCUGAAUAUGCAAUAUAAUAGUAUCAGCAAUGCAGAACAACCGCCUGCUUUCUAUAAUCCAGAUACACAACAGCAACAGCCACAGCCACAGCCACAACCACUUCAUGAUUUGAAAGCUGAUCCCUAUAAUCAACAGCCACAACAAUCAGCAGUAGCUACGGCCGAUUACAACAACCUUCAUGGGAGCGCAGAUCAGCAAGCACCUGCAACAUACACAGAUGCCGCUGCGCAAAAGUCGGUUGAUGCCAGCGAUGCCUAUGCUUACUACAAUCAUCACCAGCAGCAACAACAACAACCACAAUAUAUGCAACCAGAUUUACAGCAACAAGAAUCACACUCAAUCCCAUACUAUGAUCCUACACAGCAACAACAACAACAGCCACAGCAACAUUAUCAAGGUUAUGGCGCUGAAUCAAUGGCUGCGCAAAAUAAUGCUGGGGCCUAUGACUAUUGGGCACAACAGCAACAACAACAGCAGCAGCAACAGCAACAACAUGUUGGUUAUGGUGAUGAGUACUCUACAAAUGAUGAUAACGCUAAUGAACUAGUGUUAGCAGCAACAGAACCAGCAGAAACGCCAUCUCCAGAAGACUCCGCUAAAAGUGUUGAACAAAAUUUAAAAUCAAAUGAUGUAUUAACAUUGAAACAAGCGCCUGCCAAGGCAAGAUCAACAGCAAAGACAUACACAACCACUUUGGAGAGUGGCAGCAAGUUGCAGCAACAACAACCGUUGAAAAUAACCGCUGCAGCAGCCAAAUUAUAUAACAGUUAUGAUGGUCCGCAGACGCGUGUGGCAAAGAAGCUUAACACCAAUUACAAGAACAACAAGGAGCAACAAAAGCAACAACACUCAGCGAAACUGGCUACAUCUUUUCUAAGUUCGCCGCCAGAUGUAAGUAAACAAAGUAAUGUUUUGCUACCGCAACAGCAACUUCAGCACCAACAGCAGCAGCAGCAACAGCAAAAAAAUCAGGUCUUGCCAAAAAUGCCAAAUAAACUGCUAGAGCAGCAACAAACGCUUGCACAAAAAAUAAAUGCAUUUAAUGAAAAGUCAAAUAGAAAUUUAAGCACAAACCCGAAUUCGCAUUCGAACGGGAGCGGUAUAGUAAAGCGGGUCAAUUUCAAUCUGCCGCAGGAGGUGGAAGUGGUGGCGGAGAGGGUAGAGGGGCCCAGUAAGAAAUUGCCACCACCACCAUCACCUACCGGUGGUAGUGUUGCCAAUUUUAGUACUAAAGCUAGUUGUAGUAGUAGAAAUAGUAGUAGUAGCGGGAGCUGUAGCAGUGGUAGUAGUAGGGCCGAAGUCGCAGUAGCGCACGCCAAGGCGGUCGCAGCUGCGGUGAUAACUGAAAGUGGAGACACUCAAGACGCUUCCAACAAAGGCUGUGUUGCAUCACAAUCCAACAAAGCGCUCACCAGCUAUCCAUCAAGAAACACCGACACUUCCAGCAAACCUCUUUCACUGCCGUCGUGCAGCAGGCAUGCUUCUAAAGGCAAUAGCUUAAGUAGUGGCAGAGCCGCAUCUCAUCGCUUCCACACAUCACCGUACAAACAAAUCGUCUACAACGGCACCUAUCCCAUCGAUAUGCCCCUGCAGUCGCGUUUCCAAGCGUUGGGCCGCGACUAUGAUCCCGAAGCGAAUGCUGAAACGGCGCGUUGCAAGUAUGCGCACAUGCUGAACGACUAUGAUUUGGAUGAAUGCGAUAUACUCGGCGAUGUGGCAGAAGAAGAUGAGGACGAGGAUUUCGAUGAGGAUGAUGAUGACCUCCUGGUUGAUGAUCUAGAUGGGGAUGUAGAGGGCAUACCAUAUGAUUUGGAAGAGUUGAUUGCUCAACAAGAGCGCCCGCAGCGAAGCUUCUUCAGCCGACUGGGUAUCAUCAAAGAGGCGAGUAGCGUGUCGUUGGCUAGCAGCAGCGGCGGCACCGCCGGCCGUGGUGGUGAUACUGUUUCCACUAGCAAACAUCAUGCAGUAUGGUCUAUGCAGGAGCUUAUUGCCAAUCCAUCAAUACCGCUAAACUAUGAGAAGAUGUGCCAUGAAGUUGAGCAAAGUUUGACGUCAUUCGAAAAGUACCUGGACUCGAAAUCGAUUGAGCAACGGAAGACGCAGCAGCAGCCAGUGCGUACCUUCGAUGUGGAUGGGCCGAUUGGAGAGGCGCACGAAAAGAAACAUAUUUAAGGGGCAAAAUGAGGGCAGAGAUUUAGCGAUUUAGUCGUUGUGCAAAAAACUGUACACAUACCCCUUAGUUGGAAUUUUAUUAGAAGUGUGUAGAGAAUUUUACUGUACACUUUACUGCUUUCUUUACAAAAAAUUUUUAUUUGUAAAAAUGGCAAUUCUUAAAAGAAUGUGGUUCGGAAUACUGCAUUGGGAAGUUUCGUUGUUUUUAAUUCACAUCAUAUGUAUGUAUGUAUGUAUAGAUAUGUUAUAUGUUUACUGUGUGUAUUAGAAACUACAUAUUUUACCUAUAUUUUACCUUUGUGUAUCAGGAAUACAUACCUCCCUAUAUUUAGUUCAGACUCGAAUUCGAAAAACUCGAAAAUGUAUGUAUCUCACAGUAUAUUAUAACCCAUUUGCACCAAAAGCUUAACUGCUGCUAUUUUUUUCGUACCUUUUUGCUUUUAGUCUUUUGUUUGCUUGUACUUUUCAUAAGCAAUUACCCCCUUCGAGUUGUAAUCUCCUUUUUCCAAUAGUUACAAACUGCAGUUAAGGCUUGGUGGAAAUGAAUUGGUUAGAUAAACAAUAUAAAAAUAUCGAAUUUAUUUUUUUUUUUUUAUGAGAACUCAUACGCACCAUUUAUCCGUCGCUCGAAUUGUUACUCAAAAUAUGAACUCAUCUUAAGAGUACAAAAAUGUAAAAAAACUUUUUUUUGGAGGGUUCGUAAGCACUCUUUCUUUCUUUCAGGUACAAUAAUAAACCUAAAACAAAUUAAGAAACUACUCCUUUGAUUUAAAAUAUUUAAUUUUAGACCAAAAAAAAUUUAUCAUUUCCUAAUGACGUAUUUCCACUGGGUGUUAAAUGACAAAAAUUUCAAUGAAAAAGUUAGCUUUUGAAAUAUACCAAUCGGUUUUCACAUGCCUUUGUUUAUAUGGUAAACAUUUAUUGUGAUUUUGUCAUUUUUAUGCCUAAUGGAAAUGGUAUAAGAAAUUAUUUUUCUCUGGCUACCAACAUAAAUAUUUUUUUAAAAAUCUGCCAGGUAAUUUCUUUUUUAUAUGUUGAGAUUUGAAACGAGAAUGAGUUUCCAUGAAAUUUAAGACUGAAAAUUUUAAACCUAUUCCCCAACCUAUUUCCCAAAUAUCUUCAAAAAAUUCCAAAAAACAAUUUUCAACGUAAUGAAACAGGGGAUUCUGUCAAACUCGCCUCGAAAAAAGUAGCGGGACUGCUGAAUGCGCUUUCUCCUUCGCUCUACAUCUUGGUCAUACUGGCAUAUUUAGAACAUUUUAUGUAUGUACAUUAAUUAAAAAUAUUUAUAUUUUUGGCUUUUGUAAAAUUCCAAAUUGGCCAAAUAGGGCCUUUCGCACUGAAGGUGACAAAAGUAAAAAAAAUGCCGUGUGGAAACGAAAUUAAUGACCAUUUUUUGUAAAAUUAAUGACGCAGGUAUUUUUAACGUCCAACUUUGUCAUUAAAAUUACUGUCAUUUAAUGACCGGUGGAAAUGCGGCAUUCGAAUUUUCAAAUUGAAAAACCCGAUACACUUUAAUCUGACAAGGAAAAAAAAAAUUUGGUUUUUAUUGUAGUGCAAAUUUUUAACAUUUUGAAUCAUACACAAAAUCUGUAGAAAAAGACUAAAUCUAAAGUUUUGAAAAUUUGUAUUUAAGAAAUUAUUUUUGUAAUUAAAAAAAUUCAUAACUUCACCAACACGUUUUUGUAUUAACAAAUAAAAGCAUUUUUAGGUGAAUUUCGUUAUGGUAACAAUUUGAGCGAAUCUACCCAUAUUUUUUCCAUAGAAGUAUUUUACAAAGAUGUAUUAAAACUAUUUUUUUUUAUUUAGUUUGUGAGAUUUUGAUGUUUUAAAUUUAUAUUGCGUUUCUGUUUGAAAUGUGCAGAUAUGUUUUGAACAUUUUAAGUAAUUAAAAAACAAAAAAAUAAAUUUGGAAUAUCUAUUAACUUUUUUAAAUUUUUUUUUAUACAUUUAUCACAUAAUUUUUUAUGAUGUUUUUUAAUAUUAUUUUAUGUUUUCGUCAAAUUGGCUACGAAAUUGCAUAAACACAUCUUGGCCCCAAUAAUUUUAAUUAUUUAUUUUUUAUACCUCUAAAAAUGUAAUGGCAUUGAGAAGACAAUGCCUCUUAAGCGUGGCGAGCCCUUUUUUGAUAUAAUAAAUAACACGAGACAAAAAAUCAACAAGUUUUCGCUAGCAGAAAGUAUUUGUUUUGUCUUUAAGGAACUUAUUUUUUCAUUAAACAUUAAUACAAAAAUUUUAAAAACUGAAAUUGUAAAGUAUUGUGCUAAUUGUAAGCAAAGCGACACACAAAAAACCAAACACAAAAAAAUGUGCUGACAUGAAUUGUUUUUCUUGUAAAUUAAAGCUGAAUAAAAAAAAUCAUGAAUUUUAAUCGAGCGAUUUUGUACUAAGCAUAUUUAUUUAUAAAAAUUAUAUUUUAGUAACAAAAAGUUUAACUUAUGCGAAAAAACUGCAUGCAACAAUUAGUCUAAACACCAGACAUUGUGUAAGCUGCUAUGCAUUAAAGCUCCGCGCAAGCUCCUGCGAACGCUACCUUGGAGCUUUCUCAACUGUAACAUGAAGAUCAGC